AUGGCUCCUCAUUCACAAGCACCAUCCCCUUCCAAAGGGAAAGGAAAGGUUAAAGAAUACUUCACAUGGACCCCCGAAAUGGAUAAGGUUCUGGGGGAGUGUUUCAUUGAACAAAUGAAACAAGGGAAAAAAUUGGAUGGGAAAUGUGCGUGGAAGAAUACUUCCUGGACAGCUGCUAUUAAUGCGCUUGCCGACAAGUUACAGGUAAGAGUAGAUAAGAAAAAGAUUUUGUCUCGUCUGAAGACUUGGGAAAAGCAUUAUGAGACUUUGCAGCCUUUACUGGUUUCUUGCAACUCCGGUUCUGCAAUCACAUGGGAUUACUCAAAGGGAAGAGUUGAGGUCCAUGAUGAGAAUGUGUGGAACGAACGUGUAGAGGCAAACCCUAAACUUGCACCCUAUAGAAGGAAGAUUAUAGUUGAGAAUUGGGAAGAAAUUUGCACAAUCUUCUCACAAGACCGUGCUAAUGGGCAAGGUGGCCACACUCUUAGGGAGAUGAAUGCUGAAGAAACAGUAGGGGAAUCUGUUAAUUUGGGAGAUCCAUUUGAGACUUGCGAGGAAGAUGAGAUCAUGAGACUUAUGAUGGGAUAUCAAAAGAGAAAAGAAGCUGCAUCUUCUUCUACUUUUCAAGGUAUGAACAAGAAACCGAGUUCAUCAAAUAUAAUGUGUGGUUUCAUGAAGCAAAUUGCUGAAAACUUUGGUGAGUUUAUGGUGACUGAGAGACAAAUAUUGGUUGCUACAAAAAAAAGCUACACCGGAAGAUAUACUUGA